AUAGUAUUCACUCCUUCAUUAACAGCCAUGGAAAUGGAAGACAGCUGCCACCUCCCUCCAGGCUUCCGGUUUUGCCCUACCGACGAAGAACUUGUUCUUCACUUUCUCUACCCCAAGUCCUCCCUCUUGCCUUGUUAUCCCAACAUCAUUCCCGACCAUCUUCAUCAGCUUCACCCUUGGGAACUACAUGGGAAGGCGCUGUUGAGCGGAAAACGAUUCUUCUUCUUCAGCCAAAUGAUGGAGAAUCGAGUCCUGGAAAAUGGGUAUUGGAAGCAACUGGAUAUUGAGGAGCCAAUCUUCAGUUCUGGUUCAGGGAAGAAGGUUGCAGUGAAGAAAUUGUUCGAAUUCUGCAUUGGUGAAGCUCCCUUCGGCAUAAAAACAAAUUGGUUGAUGCAGGAAUACCAUCUUUGUAAUUGGGCCUCACCUCUUUCAUCACACUUUUGCAAAACAAAGGGACACAAAAAAGUGGAUUGUAGUAAAUGGGUUCUUUGUAAAGUUGAAGAGAAAAAGGGCAAUGCUCAGAGCUUGAGCUACAGUUAUGAAGAUGGAAGUGCGCUAUCAUGCCUUGAUGAAAUGUUCUUGUCAAUGGAUGAUGAUCUUGAUGAUAUAUCUUCUUCUAAAUUCAUCUUUUGAAUACUUAAUCUUCUAGGUUUUGAUGAUUUGUU